AUGGUCGGCCCCCUUGCUACAUGGCCAGCCUGGCCGGAAUUUACCUCAAUCCCCAUUGACGAAAAAUCCGACGAUCUCGCCAACUACAAAUCCGCCAUCAUCCAAGAAUACGGCCAAGAAGCCCUAACCAAGAGUUGGCUCAAGGUCUGCUCCGAGCUAGAAAAAGUCACAAAGGAGAUUCGCGAAAAGGGAAAUACAGUCAUUCCGGAAAUCUCGUAUAGCGAUCUACAGAGUUUGAGUGUAGAGCAGAAAGAGGAGUAUAAGAAAGUUGGAUGUUUUCUGAUUAGAGGGGUUGUUGAGAAGGAUGUGGCGGAGGAGUGGUUCAAGGAUUUGAAGAGUUAUGUCGCUGACAAUAAGGAUUUGGUUACAGGAUGGCCCGUGGAAACGCCUGCGAUUCUGCGCAUGUACUACAGUCCCACUCAAAUGGCGGCGCGCUCACAUCCAAACUCGCUCAAAGUCGCCCGCGAACUUAUCGGCUGGKGGCAUGACAAGGAAGAGCCCGAGAAAUCACUUGAUCCUCUGACCUAUGUUGAUGCGGUCAGAAUCCGACCUCCGGGAUCGCCCUUCUUCGGCCUGGGACCUCACAUCGAUGCCGGCUCACUGAGUCGGUGGGCUGAUUCUACAUAUCGUGCCUGCUAUGCACCUGUCUGGCAAGGUAAUCCAGAAGAUCUGGAUCUUUAUGAGUUGUCACUUCGCAAAAAGGCAAACACAAGAAUGUUCCCAGGCAGUGCACAUUGCAGCGUCUUCCGCGCUUUCCAGGGUUGGACAUCACUCACGACGACGGGUCCUAGUGAAGGCUCUCUUCUACUAUAUCCGCACAUCCAGUGGGUCAUGUCCUAUGUUCUGCUACGUCCAUUUUUUAAAUCCCCAGCCUCUGGAAAGGAGGAAGACAUAAUGGAUGCAAGUAAAUGGACAUUUGAUCCCGACACUCCUUGGUUCCCGGGUACAUUUCGAUUUGACUCGCAGCGACUUUCAGCGGCUUCACAUCCCCAUUUGCGUCUCCGAGAGUGUCUUGUUCAUAUUCCGCCCAUGAAUCCAGGGGAUACGGUCUGGUGGCAUGCGGAUAUGUGCCAUGCAGUUGAUACCGAACACAAGGGCCAGGAAGAUUCCUCCGUGUUGUAUAUUGCUGCAACACCAUCGACGGACGAGAAUAUCCAGUAUAUUGACUCACAGUUGAAAGCUUUUCUACAUGGGUAUUUCCCACCUGAUUUCAGUGCAGAGGAUAGAGUUCAUAGCCUCGAACCGAAGUACAAGGGGUGGAAGGGUCAGGCCGGUAUAGUUUCCCCUGAAGGAAGAAAAGCAAUGAGAUUAGAUGUGAAGGCCUGA